AUGACAGUUCUGAAGCUCUUGUGCAUUCUGAUCCUCCAGCAAGGAUUAGCUGAUGUGGUGACCGUUACGGAACCACCCACCAGGAUUAAUGGUGGGCAACUGGUGAACGAACGGUGCCCUCAGGUGUCCCUGCAAAUGCAACGUCGUGGUCGCUGGCAGCAUUUUUGGGGAUCCAUUGUCAGUGGACAGCAUGUCCUCACGGCGGCCCACUGCAUGGAUAAGAUGAAGGUAGAGGAUGUCAGCGUGGUCGUGGGAACACUCAAUUGGAAGGCGGGUGGACUACGUCAUCGGGUGGUGACCAAGCAUCAUCCGCAGUACUCGAUGAAUCCCCGGAUCAUCAACGACAUCGCUGUCAAGGUUACUCCCCCGUUCCGUCUGGAGCGUUCCAAUAUGGCACCAUCCUCGUUGGGAUCGGAUCGCAUUGGUGAAAAGAUUCGUCGCUUAACUGGCUGGGGAUCCACCAAUCCAUCCACUUCCUCAGCAACUCUGCCGGAUCACCUGCAGGCGCUGAACUAUCGCACUAUCUCCAAUGAGGAGUGCAAUCAGAAGGGAUUCCGGUGACUCGCAAUGAGUUGCGCCCUGUCUGUCCAUGGUCAAGGGGCAUGCGUGGGCGACUCUGGUGGACCCCUGAUUAAGACCGGUCCCCAGCCCCACUUGGUGGGCAUUGUCUCCUAUGGCUCAUCCACCUGCCAGGGCAGGCCCGAUGUCUACACACGCGUGUCCAGUUUUUUGGCCUACAUCAGCCAGGUGAUCAACCAGGAUCUGGCCCAAUAA